UUGCUGGUUCUCUUGGAUCCGAACCAAAUAUGAGAUUGCUGCUCGACUCCUCCUCAUCUCUCCUCUUCUCGCUGUUAUUGGCUCAGCUGCCUGUAUUCACGUCUGCCUCUCCAGUCCCUCAGCGGCGGCCCAAUGACAUGGAUAAACUGUCCAAUCAGACCAAAAAUCUAAUGAAGCUUACCCAAGAACUGCUGAAGGAGCAUGCAUUCGACUCAGACGUCGAGCCCCACAGGUUCAGGUCUCUGCCAGAAAUGAGCAACAGAUCAGCCAAUGACCUCAACAAUCUUGAGCUGAAGCCCACACUCUCUCAGCUGUAUGCUGACCUGAAGCUGUAUGAGCACCACUUUGAGUGGCUGAGCAGGGUUUCAAAGAAGCACCACCACCCCGCACUGCCCAAGCUGGGAGAGAUGAUCAAAGAAAUGAAAUCUCUCAUCAACAUGCUGCACCGUCAGAUGCUGAGGGUUGAAGCACCAAAGCUGACUCCGGCAACGCCCUCCCUCCCCCCUCAUCUCCCCUAUCAGUUUGACGUCCUGCAAUCAAGCCAUGAACUUCUCCAACACUUCAAGCUCUUUUGCGAUUGGGCGUACAGAGCGUUUCUCAGCCUUAAACCCAAAAUCUCUGCAGUUCAAUGAUAAUCCAUUAACUAAAAGGCUGCAGAGCCAGUGAGAAUGCAUGGAAUCCCACCUCAGCCAGAGGGAAAUCAGGACCAUGUCACCAGUGUGCACUGUAGUCAAAAGCAUCCCAUACGAGGCCCAGACAUCAACCAAUGACAUGUGUGUUGAAGAAUGUGUCUUUCCAUCAGAGCCAAAGAGGAUGCAUUAUACUGCAGCUAGAUACGACCAUCAAGAUUAAAGCAAACUAUCAGUUUAACUACGAUGAUCAUGAUUUCCUAAACUUUCCUAAAGGCCUUGUUCAUGACCAUGUUAUUUAUGUAUUUAUUUAUUUAUUGACUGUUAGUAAUUUAUUUAAUUUUAUUUAUUUGAAGUUGUAAUGUGUCACUCUCAUCUUUAUUUCUGUAUUAUCGUGAAUUUAUUUCCCCACAUCUUUGUAAUCUUUCUUUUUGUCUUGUGUCUCACUGAUCCUCAAGGAAAACACAGUAGCACUUCCUAAACCUAUAGCUCUGAUUAUGAUUUUUCUUACUUUAACUCACUUUACAUGGCAUUUGUGUAUUUAUUUAGCCAAUAAUUCUUCCAGUAGAUGUAGCAUACAUUUGGGACAGCCAAGGUUUUCACUGUCUCUCACUUAACAGUGCCCUUAAAGUAAACAUUUUAGAUGUUAGUGGAAACUUCGAACCAUAUUUAAUGUGCCUUGUGUUAAUUUAUCAAUUCAUGGCCUAUGACAUAAAUUGCAUUUAUGUGUAAUUGUCAGGAUGGUAGCCAAAGAGAAGUGAAUACUUUUUUUUUUUUUUUUUUUUGCCAGAGGCAGAGUGUCUAUUUUCAAUGCCUGUUUCUCGCGUUCUGCAUGAGGAGGCAUAUCUAAUGUUGUGGUAAAGUUGUUUGAAUGUGCCCUGUUGCUGAGCACUGAUGGACCUGAUUAGAUUCUUUGCACAAACUUGUUAGGAUUAGCCUCUUGGAUGAGUGAGAUGGCUGAUUUUGAACCUGUGCUUUGGGGUAGAAAAGUUUUUUUUUUUUUUUUUUCCUGUUUGUUUUGUUUGUUUUUUAAGUUAAACACCCAAAGCCUUAAAAUACUAUGUAUUGUGACACUAUGUUCUGUACAGGUGUACAUAAAUGUACAUGAAUGUAAAUUGCUGUAUUUUGUUUUUUUCUACAAUAUAAUGUAGAAUACUUUACCAAUUUAUCACUAUAAUUUUUGUUCAUUCCUAUUCUAGUAUUUGUUACAGUAUUGACUAUUUAUUUAAGUAACUUGGUGGAACUAUUUAUUUUAUGCUGCAAGGGAGCCAGUCUCCUAUCUUUUUGUACUUUUAUACAGUUUUUAUUCUUAUUUACUAUUAUUAUAUCAUUAUGUUUAAAUUAUUGUUGUAACAUCAAGAUGCCUCUUCCACACACUGAUUGGCCUCAAUGUGAAA